UCCUGAUGAAGCCCUAUAUAUAUAUAUAUAAACAGACACGAGCAUCAACGCGCUCUUUUGAUGCUACCGGAAACAAAUAAAGUUAACUCAAAAAGGUCAAGCGCGCACUAAUUUCCACGCUUCUUUUCUCUUGCGUGUGCGUGUUGUUUCAAUAUAUAUUGUAUACUCGAAUUCGGGCUGUAUUUCCAUGGAAGUGACCCUCUACGUGCUCCGCUAUUAAGGGGGGGGGGGAGCUUCUCACGGCUUGUUUGUUGCUUUCUUUCUCUAGUAAUGGCUAUUAACUGUGUCACGGAGUACUUUUCUUGUAGCUUCAAGGUCAUGUGUGCAGCAGCAUAAAACGACCUCUGUUUUUUUUAUAUCGAUGAUGAAAAUCAUCCUGACCACGAAUAAUUUGCGCAUGCGCAAAGCACAUGGAGAUACAUUACUAUGACCAAGCAUCAUUACGAUUUCAGUCAUCUUUAAAGUUGUGACAAACCAAAAGCUGCCGGUACACUUCUUUUAAUUUGACACUGUCAAACACCAUCUAAAAUUAUACAGGCACGCACUGCAAUGCACAACGGGGGAUAUCCCUGAAACCAAGAGGAACAUUUCAAGAGGAUUAGACUAUUAGACUGAUAAAUAUUUGCCAGAAUCAGUGAGCGCUGAUUGGACUUUGAUAAUGGCCCAAAAGGCAUUUUCGGCACUUUCUUUAAUUGGCUUGGUAUAUAUUUGUGUCGUGGUGGAUAUAUACAGACGUGCCAUAAUUCAGGAAGUGGGAACGACCACAGAACACCGAAGAACUGUUCGACAACCUCAACCCGUUCCUCAAAGAAAGUGCCAUCCUGUCAGAAGCGCGGUGUUCAUUAAAACACAUAAAACAGGGAGCACUACCAUCAGCACUGUUUUAAACAGAUACGGUGAGAGGCACAACUUAUCCUUUCUUGCCAACAAACGGGAUCCUACAAGAGGACAUUUCCGCACUAUUCUGGUCAACAACAAGACGAUAUUGCCGCCCUUAGGGGUCGCCAAUAAUGAUUUCGUAAACUACAAGAACUACAACUUGAUGACAUUCCAUAUAUUUUUCUUACCAAAUGAGAAUAAAUUGAAACAGGUAAUGAGUCCAGAACCACGAUUCUUCACUAUUCUUCGGAAUCCAGUCAGACAAUGGGAGUCAGCAUUCUUUUUCUUCAAAGGAUAUAAGUCAAUGAAAGUACCUGGAAAAAAUCCAUCUCAAUAUGUCAAUAACUUUUUCAAGAAACCAGACACAUAUUGGAGAAAAAAGUUCAAGAGCAUACAUCGUAAUGGUCAGUGGGUUGAUAUAAUUGGAAGUUCACGGGACAUCAACGAAAAUAUGACUCAUGUCGAAGAAUUAAUCAAAGAACUUGAUAAAAAGUUACAUUUAGUGCUAAUCACCGACUACGUUGAUGAGUCGCUGAUUCUACUUAAACGUCUCCUCUGUUGGGAGUUUGAGGACUUGUUGUACGUUAAGAUGAAUCAACGUCCUUCAAAUUCAAGUGGAUUGAUGAGUGAAGACCUGCAAGAGAAGAUUAGGCGGUGGAAUAAAGCAGAUAUGAUUUUGUAUGACCAUUUCAAUAGAACUCUGUGGAAAAAGAUAAAUGAUAUUGGGCCAAACUUUUACAAGGAUCUCGUCGUAUUCCGGAAGAUGUUGGACAAUUACAAUAAAUGGUGCAAUAUUACUAUGACAGCUAACAAAAUAAGGAAAGUACCUGUGGCACAAAACUCAUCAGCUAUUUGCCAAAGACUUGUAGCAACGCACACACAUUAUUUAAAAAUAAUGUUGGACCGCCAGAACCAGACAGCAUUUUCUAUGAACACUUCUCAAACUAUAUCGUAAACCUCUUUACAUAAGCAAUGAUAACAAGAUACUGUUGGACAAAAAAAAUUGAGAUUAGUUUCCCGAGAUUUUUUACUCAUGAUCCAUAGCGCUUGCUUUCGUAAUACGCUGUAAUGGGGGAGGGGGAAUUCUGCUCCAAAGCACAAUGUUACCUUUUCAAUCGAUAGUGCCAAAUUACCAAGUACAAAAUAUGCCAAUUAAAUUGAUGCACAGUGCCCUCUUCAUUAUGUCGAUCUAGGUAGAUUUAUUUACAACUCUUUUGUUGUCUGGUUGUUGUGUGCCCUACUUCUAAAAAGGUAUUACUUUCCCCUCCACUUUCUUUGCUAAUUUUUCUUUAAUUUUCUUUUUUAAUUUCAGUAGAGGUGGGCUAUGGGCAUGACGGGAGGGGGUGGAAAUGGGUGAUAUUUCAGAAUUAAGCUUUGCAUAUAUAUGUCCGUCCCGUUUGAGGCUGAGUGUUGUCCUGAUCGAUAUAACUCAGU